AUGACCCUGCAACCAUUAACUCCAGUGAACUGUGCAAGCCUCCUGCAGCCUGGCUGCUCUCUGCUACAGCUGGACGGAGAAACUCUCUUGUUCGGCCAAAAAGGCUGGCCAAAGCGCUCGUGUCCAACAGGGGUUUUUGGGGUACGGUUCAAAAAAGAUGAGAUGAAACUGAGGGCCAUCUCUUUCUCCAGUGACUCGUGCUACCUGCCUCCACUGCGCUGUCCUGCUGUGUGUCGUCUCGACCCCCACGACGGACUUCCUGAGAGUUACCUCAUCCAUGGUGGUCGCACCCCAAACAACGAGAUCUCAUCAAGCUUGUAUCUGCUGACCAUGGACAGCCGUGGCUGCAAUCGCAAAUUAACGCUUAGAUGCAAAGAGAAAGAACUGGUGGGGAAAGUGCCGAAUGCUCGAUAUGGCCACACGUUGUGCGUGGUUCAAAGUCGGGGGAAGACAGCCUGUGUGUUGUUUGGGGGAAGGUCCUACAUGCCUGCAGGGGAGCGGACCACAGAAAUGUGGAACAGUGUAAUUGACUGUCCUCCUCAAGUUUUCCUGUUUGACAUGGAGUUUGUCUGCUCCUCUGCUCACACUUUACCUGAGCUCAGUGAUGGACAGUCUUUUCAUGUGGCGCUUGCCCGAGAGGACUGUGUUUAUUUUAUAGGUGGGCACUCAAUCACCUCCGACUCACGUCCACCUCGCCUGUUUCGCCUGCGUGUUGAACUACUGCAGGGCAGCCCCUUGCUUUCCUGUGAGACUCUUGAAACGGGCUUAUCAAUCUCCAGUGCCAUCAUCACGCGUACAGGUCCCACCCACAGAUACAUCAUCUUGGGCGGAUAUCAGUCCGACUCUCAGAAGAGGACGGAGUGCUGCAGUGUGACUCUGGAUGAGAAAGGGAUCCACUUUGAGCCCCUGGAAGCUCCCAAGUGGACUCCAGACAUCAUGCAUAGCCGUACAUGGUUUGGUGGCAGUGUUGGAGAGGGUUGCAUCCUCCUGGCUGUUCCCACCGAGGGAAGGCCUUCCCAAACCGAUUUGCAUUACUUCUAUCGUGUGAGCUUCCAAACAGACAAUGAACGCCGCGAGGAAGAAGGAGACCAGGCCUGCAGCCAGAAGUCAACAGAUUACGACAACUCAACCCCUCUUGAGGACUCAGAGGAGCUCUACUUUGGACGAGAGCCACACGAGCUGGAAGACAGCAGCGACGACGAGGGCGACACUUACAAUGAAGAGGAUGAGGAGGAUGAGUCGCAAACAGGCUACUGGAUCAAAUGCUGCUUAGGCUGUCAGGUCGACCCAAACACGUGGGAGCCAUACUACUCUACUGAGCUCCACCGGCCAGCCAUGAUUUUCUGCUCCAGGGGGGAGGAGGGACACUGGGUCCACGCCCAGUGUAUGGAGCUGUCCGAAAGCCUGCUCCUCAAAUUCUCUCAGGGCAGAAAAAAGUACUUCUGUCUGGACCAUGGAGGCCUGCCCUACCAGGAGAUGACCCCCCCUCGACAGAUUAUUCCCCUUAAGCGUACCCCCAUUAAAGCAAAAGACAAAAAAUCGCCUCUGACAAUCAAGAUGUCCCCGGCCAAAAAAAGCUUUUUCAAAAGGCUUUUUGAUUAA